AUGAUCUUAGGUGACUAGAAAGGCACUAUUGAGAUAUUUCUGUCAGUCUCUCAGAAUCCAUGGAGAUACAUAGAAACUAAAGGUUCAGUUGCAGCGCUUAAGAUUGGCUCAUUAUUCAACAACAAUGAGAAAAUUCAAGAAAGAGGGUUGAUUGAGGAACAAGAUGCAGAGCAGUUGAUGAAUGAAAUUGAUAUAGAACUAGAUGCUGAAUUUGAUCAAAAUUUGAUAUACGGAGGUCGCAGUGGUCUGGGAAAGAAUACGAGCGAGAUCAACUUAGAUUCAAGCUCCGGCAAUAUAGGGAAUUAGAGCAUUUAAGGAGUAGGUCACUCAGGCAUUGGGGGGUUUCUGCAUCAAUAUAACAUGAGAAAGUCAAGUCAAAACACAGCCUAGUUCUUUAACAACAACGACUCGGCAAAUAUCAACAAUAAUUAGAUGUCUUCUGUUCUCAGUCAUGGUCUAAAAUCCAAUGAUGGAAACAACAACAGUCGUCUGAAUAUGCGUAUAGGCAGUGGCAACUACUUCAAAAGAAGUGACAGCAACAAUACCAAUCACAAUUCGAGGAAAGGUAGCAUCAACUAUGAACUGAAGUAGAUUGAAGGGAGUGAGAGCAGACCUGGGGCAUUCAUUAAUAUGAAGCUAGCUGAUAUGAAUGCGAAGACAUUUGAAUAUGAUUACAUGGACAGAGUUCCUGGUAAUUGCUGCAUGAUGGAGAUCAAGCAGAUAUAUGAUAGCUAUUAUCAGAUUACUGAGCCUGGCUAGGUAUAGAAACCAAAAGAUACUAUAUUUAUCGGCACCUAUGAUGGGAGUUUACACUCUAUGAGAAUGGAGACGAAGAAAGAGGAUAAUUCUGAAAGUUAUAUCUUGAUCAAUCUGAAAAAGUGGACGUUUUCUUACCCUAUAACAUCCUUACUGCUUUUUGACUAUUACAACUACCAGAAUGAUGCGAUUAAGUCUUCAAAGUUUAGCAAUCUUUCCAGUUCAAACUAGAAAAACAAAUCCUAUGGAAAUUUAUCGCAUCUGCAGAGCCCAGGUGGAAGUAAUAGCCAGGUAUUGAAUAAUUUUUCUAGAACUAUAAUGGUUGGUAAAAAUGCUGACACUACUGAUGCUGAGGACAACUCUAGAAAGGUCGGUUUGUUUAGUAGUCAGCAACAAUAAGAGUAGCAGUCUGGUUUCAAUCCAGAGUUCUACUAGUUCAUGCUCUCUUCAUAUUAAACUUAACAAGAGUCAUAUAACUAAGAUCCUUAAUAGAAGAUUAACCAGGCCACUCAAAAAAUACCGAAAAAAUCUACAAUUAUAAAGAACUACCAUGCAAAUGCAAUUUUAACUUAAAUGGCUUCAAAAUCCUAUAACGACUGUCUAAUGAUCAUAUCAUUCGCUAAUAAUUCACUGAUACCAACUUUUUACUCUAAUAAGCAUUCAGCAGAUGCUGAUAAUGUCAAGUUGAUCAGUGACAUCACCAAUAAUAUCAGUGAAUUCUCAAAGCCAUAUCUAUCAUAUAUACACAACAACCCCUAGGGUGAAUUGGAAAAAUUAUCUGACCCUAAUUAUCUUAAAAGCAAGUCAAAAAAUGAUAAGAAAACAGUCUAGUUUGCAGUAGCUACAAAUGAUGGGGGGCUUAUUACGAUGAAGGCCUACUAACUCAAGAAUAAAGAUGAGCACCCACAGAUAGAUACUUAACUUACUAUAAAGGGAACAAACUAGGUCUACUGUUAGAAGAAGCAGGAGUAUAUGUUUUCUAAUCAGAUCAUGAGUAUUUCUAAUGAGCAAAUACAGAUAAAGAUAGUGGAUAUAGAGCGAGAGUAAAUCUACCUGAAGGAUGCUUUGAUGCUAGCUUCAGGAAAUGGUUCUAUUCUAUUUCAGAUCAUUGAUAAAUCACAUAAAUCUGACUUAUUACUUUCAGAUGCUACUUCAACAAGCAAGCAGUAAUUUCCCAAUUACUUCUAAUUCGAACUGGACAUGCGAGUCAAGGCUGUUAAGGUAGGAAGCAUAAGAUUAUAUGGUAAUGCAGAAGAAGCUACUUAAUGCUUAUUUGUUUUCACCUAUGAGGACUUUGCUCUGGUUUUUUAUGAUUUCUUAUUUGAGAUAAACACAAUGCACAUUAGCUUUAAGAACAAGAUGACUGAGAUGAAAAAUAUGAACUCAAGUAGUUUGGGAGUCAAUGCAAGUUCUAAUAAUUAUAAUGCCUUGAAGUACUAGAAGCAAGAAUUGAAAAAUUUUCUAAGUAAAGGGAGUAGUGUUUAGAGCAAUACUCAAAAAGUGAAAUAAAUAAAAAACCCCAUUAUUUUAAAGCUUUUGGAAUCUAUCAAUCAAGGAUCUUGA